AUGGCGUGCAUCAUAUGGUACUUGCAUUUGCAGAUAAAUAUCCUUUCGAAGUUUUCUGAUUUGCCAAUUGUUGGAUCCAGUUUGUGCAUCGGAGUUAUACUCACUGAAUUCAACAAUUUUGAUAUUUUCCUGCAGGAUUCCAAAUUGUUAGAAGCUUUAGUGGAAAAUCGUAAAAGGUCAGUGGCAUAUGUAGGUGCCUUUCUUCUUAAGGAUGACCCAGAGACUGAUCCUAGUAUUGUAUCUGGGUCAGAUUCAGCGAAAAGCAUUAAUGACCUUAAAGGAAAAGAUUUAUUCAAGCGUCUUCAUGAAGUUGGUACUUUGGCUCAGAUAACCAGCAUCCAAGGGGAUCAAGUAGUGCUCGUUGGUCACCGGCGUCUGCGGAUAACUGAGAUGGUUGACGAGGAUCCUUUAACUGUAAAAGUUGAUCAUCUGAAGGAAAAGCCUUACAAUAAGGAUGACGAUGUUAUAAAAGCAACCUCAUUUGAAGUCAUAGCAACAUUAAGAGACAUUCUGAAGACAAAUUCCCUUUGGAAAGAUCAUGUUCAAACAUAUACACAGCAUAUUGGCGAUUUCAAUUAUCCAAGACUAGCAGAUUUUGGGGCUGCUAUCUCCGGGGCCAACAAGUUGCUUUGCCAACAAGUGCUUGAAGAACUCGAUGUCUAUGAGCGGUUAAAACUAACUCUAGAAUUAGUAAAGAAAGAGAUGGAGAUCAGUAAGAUACAGGAGUCAAUAGCAAAAGCAAUUGAGGAGAAAAUAAGUGGAGACCAGCGACGUUAUUUGUUGAACGAGCAACUUAAAGCAAUUAAAAAGGAGCUGGGUUUGGAGACAGAUGACAAAUCAGCAUUGACUGCAAAGUUCGGGGAAAGACUUGAACCAAAAAACAAGCAGUGUCCUCCUCAUGUCUUGCAAGUAAUAGAAGAAGAGCUUAACAAGCUUCAGCUGCUGGAAGCUAGUUCUAGCGAGUUCAAUGUGACUCGUAAUUAUCUUGAUUGGCUUACUGCAUUACCUUGGGGAAACUACAGUGAUGAAAACUUCGACAUCCAACAUGCACAAAAAAUUUUAGAUGAAGAUCAUUAUGGUUUAUCUGAUGUUAAAGAGAGAAUAUUAGAAUUUAUAGCUGUUGGAAAAUUAAGGGGGACCUCGCAAGGCAAAAUUAUAUGUCUCUCUGGGCCUCCUGGAGUUGGUAAAACCAGCGUUGGUCAUUCAAUGGCACGAGCAUUGAAUAGAAGGUUUUAUAGAUUUUCUGUAGGAGGCUUGGCUGAUGUAGCUGAAAUUAAGGGUCAUAGGCGCACCUAUGUUGGUGCAAUGCCAGGAAAGAUGGUGCAAUGCCUGAAAAAUGUGGGAACAGCUAAUCCUCUAGUUCUCAUAGAUGAGAUUGACAAGUUGGGGAAGGGACAUGCUGGUGAUCCAGCAAGUGCUUUGUUAGAGCUUCUAGACCCCGAGCAAAACGCGAACUUUCUUGACCAUUUUCUUGAUGUUCCUAUUGACUUAUCCAAGGUUCUGUUUGUUUGCACAGCAAACGUAGUUGAGAUGAUACCAAACCCUCUUUUGGACAGAAUGGAGGUCAUUGCUCUUGCUGGUUAUAUCACUGAUGAAAAGAUGCAUAUUGCAAGGGACUAUUUGGAAAAGACUACUCGUGAAGCUUGUGGUAUCAAAUCUGAACAAGUUGAAGUGACUGAUGCAGCUCUUCUUGCUCUGAUAGAAAAUUAUUGCCGAGAGGCAGGUGUUCGGAAUCUUCAAAAGCAAAUUGAGAAGAUAUACCGCAAGAUAGCUCUGCAACUUGUCCGUCAAGGGGUGACAAAUGAGCAAUCUCUAAAAGUCAGCCUUCAGCAAGGAGCCAAACAGCUUAGAGAGAAAUCUACUGAAGAGCCUACUCAAAUUGCAGAUGAUGGUCCAGGGGGGAAGAAACUGGAGGAUGGGAACUCACACGAAAGGGCUACAACAACUACCUUAACAGAAUCUGAACAAGCAAUUGAAGUCUCGUUACAUGAACAGCCUAAUGGAACUGCCACAGAAGAAUCAGAAGCAACUUCUCAUGAGCAUCUUGUUGAACAGUUGGAGGCUGACAAAGUGCAGCCAACUCUCUUAUCAUCAGACGGUAUUGCAACAACAGACCAACCCGUUGAUUCAAAGGUCAAUAUAAAAACAAGUGAUGUAAAGGAUGUGAAAGUUGAUAAUGUGAUUGAAAAGGUCAUAGUUGAUGUCUCAAACCUGGCUGAUUUUGUGGGCAAACCAGUAUUCCAUGCCGAACGUAUAUAUGAUCAGACUCCAGUAGGAGUUGUCAUGGGUCUUGCUUGGACUGCAAUGGGUGGUUCAACAUUGUAUGUUGAGACCGCCCUAGUGGAGCAAGGAGAAGGGAAAGGUGCACUUCUAUUGACGGGUCAGCUCGGAGACGUCAUGAAGGAGAGUGCGCAAAUAGCUCAUACCGUAGCCAGAGCAAAAUUGCUUCAGAAAGAACCAGACAAUCCAUUUUUUGCAGACUCCAAGCUCCAUUUGCAUGUGCCGGCUGGUGCUACCCCCAAGGAUGGACCAAGUGCAGGGUGCACCAUGAUAACCUCAAUGUUGUCUCUUGCCAUGAAAAAGCAUGUUAAAAAAGAACUUGCAAUGACUGGUGAAGUAACAUUGACAGGACGGAUUCUCCCAAUUGGUGGGGUAAAGGAGAAGAUAAUUGCUGCAAGAAGAAGUGAGGUGAAGACUAUCAUAUUCCCAUCAGCUAACAGAAGGGAUUUUGAUGAGCUUGCUGCCAAUGUGAAGGAAGGCCUUGAAGUUCACUUCGUAGAUGAUUAUAACCAAAUAUUUGAGCUGGCUUUUGGAAGCAACUCUAAGCCACAAAUCUAAGUCUCUGAUCCACCUGUAUUGGGUCUUCACAUGUUAUAGUUUUCUUGACGACUGCAAGAAAUUCCAUGGUAGUUCUUCAUGAUGCAGCCACCAUGGACCAAUUCCAAAGAGAGUUAGCCUUUUAUUGAGGUCAUGGACAAUUCCUAACGGGCUUCCUAGAGCAUCCAUGAUUUGAAUGCUUGCAUGUACUGAUGCCUGAAGAUUGUUUAUUAAUUAUGUCUUACAACCAUUGCGAAAAAAACCAUAGCACGGCUGUAUUUUUUGUGAUCUUUUCUGGAGGUGGAUGGUGGUCAAGAUAUAAAUACAUUAUUUCGGCAUUUUUGUUUUCAUCAAUACUCAAAUGUAAACUACUCUCAAAACCUAAAUUUUUUAUUCAUUCAAAUGUAUGAUGAUAGCUGAUUAUUAAUUUGAUCAUGUUUGCUGGAUUGGUUUCAACUUUCAA